AUGGGAUCUAUCGACUUUUUGGGAGUCUUGGUAGCAGGGAUGAGGUUCCCUGUUGCUGUUGAUCUUGGGGGCUUGCGCGCGACCGGCAAGAUGCUCAGCUCAGGUACGAGGUCGCGGUCGGAGGCUGGAAUGAUAGACAUGAACCACGACACCUAUUGUGGACCUCUGGACCGGGACCUGAACCUGAACCUGAACCUGAACCUGAACCAGUGA